AUGACUGUGUCGCCAUUGCUAUUAGCAGCAUGUACGGCCCUCAUACUGUUCACCACUUUUCAAAUCAAAGCCGGGGCCAUCCUGGACAAGCUGGACCAGACCGUGCACCCGUGCAAGGACUUCUACGAGUUCGCUUGCGGCCACUACAUCCGGAGGACGGUCCUACCGGAGAACAUCCACGCCAUGUCCGUCACGCAGAACAUGGAGGACGAAGUACUUAUGCUCAUCUAUCGUGCCUUAGAGUCUCCCACUCUGUAUCGCACCGGAGGCUCACUCAUCAAAGCUAAGAUGCUCUACGAGACUUGUAUGAACAGCGACACCCUGGAAGACGACUCUGUGCGAGUACUCCGCCAGUACCUGUCGGAGAAUGGCGUCGGCCACUGGCCCGUUCUCGACGCUGAUUGGUCGACGGGAGACAUGAACCUGGAGUGGCGAUUGGCCAUGCUUUUCGUGCACCACGCUCCAGUCUUUUUCCACAUGUACGCGGAUGCAGGACACUCUAACUACGAGUACAUACUCAACGUCUAUCCAGCGUCGUCGCCCCUGGGGUCCAAAGAAGUGUCGGGCAUGGACCGAGAGCGAAUUUUCGAGGCUUACCACAAGCUCCUCAUCGAAACACUCAGGCUGCUUGGAGUGGCAGAGGUCAGAGUGCAGGCCGAUUCCUUCGACAUCAUCGGCUUUGAGCUUCAGUUCUCCAUGAUCACGAAUAUCUCUCAGCAGUGUUCAUCUCAAAAAACAAAUGAUUCAAGUUCGGAUGACAGCAAACUAUAUAACAUGACUGUGGAUGACCUAGAAUACCACAUUCCACAGAUCAAAUGGAGCCGGCUGAUGACGUAUGUUUUUAGGAACCUCGGCCUUCCUAUUGACACUUCCAGCCUCUACGUGCAAGUACACUGCAAACAAUAUUUCCAGCACUUAGGAACUCUGCUGUCCAACACCAAACCCAGGUCUUACCUUUUGACUUUGUGGGGUCAAAUGCUCAGCUUUCUGCGUGACUUCUCCAAUGCUGCUUGA